UUAUAGUGAUCUCUUUAUAUCCUGCUGUUGUCAAUUACCGAGAUUACCGAGUGUGAGAGAGUGAAACCAAUAAUAGCCUCAGUGAUCAGACUACCCCCGGCUAUUCUCUGAGCUCAGCUAACUGGAUGGAGACAUUUGGCAGCGGUUAGCUUAUUAAAACACUUCGAAGUGAACAAAGCAGCGAUGAGCCGACAAGUUUUUAACGGGACAUCUUCAUCGCUGAACUUCUCCACAAGAAUUACAGGCAAUGGCUGUUCACACACAAAUCUAAGAGAGGAUGACUGGGACACGCUGCGUUUUGAGCUUACAAAGACGGAGGAUGAGAUUCAGACAUUGAGGCAAGUGCUUUUGGCAAAAGAGAAGUAUGCAGCAGACAUCAGGAGGCAGCUGGGGAUGAGUCCGCUCAGUAACGUGAAGCAGAAUCUCUCCAAAGGUUGGCAGGAAGUCCAGACCUCAGCUCCAUAUCUCACAGCCUCUGCCACUCUGGAGGAUAUCAGCAACUCCAGCGUAUACGUGAGGACACGAGACGGUCUGUCUCAAGCCGGCCAGGUGACAUCUGCUGCUCUGUCCAACGUGGGCGUGGCCAUCACCAGAAGGCUGGCGCAGAUGAGAGCCUUGCCUCUUCCCAGCCCGCCACGGACCCUGAGCCAUACCAUUAGUGUGCCAUCUAUGAGGCAUUCAUCCACAUUCAAGUCUAUUGAAGAACUUGUUGGCAGUGUGAAGGAUAAAGUGACUGGAGGCGUGUCAAACAGUGAAGAGGCGUCUGGAUUUGAAAGAAGAUCCUCACGCAACCAAACCUGAGAUGAAUCGAUUUUAUGCAAAUCACAAAAAUUUCUCAAAGUAAAAAAAAAAAGUGAAUUCUCUCCCUCAUCAAUAUGCAUGUUUGUUUUUUCAGUUUCUUUGUUGAUGCAGAUUAAGAAAUUGAAUGUACAAUACAAGUUGUCUAAGUAAAAUAAUUUAGAUGUAUUUAAAUCUUUGAAUGUUUUAAAAUGUGUUCAUUUUAAUAUGCUGGUUAUUUUUGACAUGCUUGUAUCUCCAUAUUCUGAAAUCAGAUGUACUACAAGGUAUUUUUGUAAUGUCAGAUUUUUCAAGUAAAGGCUUUAGAAUACA